AUGGCAAAGAUGAGACAAGUUUUAAAUAUUUACAAUAACCGUAAACAAAAAGGUUUGGGAAACCACUCCCCCGAAGAAAUGAAAAACAACCCCGACUUAGAGAAAGACUAUAUAUUUAAUAGUUUAGUCAAAAGAGACAAACAAGAAAGAAUGCCAGGCUUCAAACUUAAGAAAGGUGACAAAGUAAAAAUAGAAAUACCUAAACGCGACCCAUAUGAAAAUACUAUUGACUAUGACAACAAUGGGAACUCGACAGGUACUCACAUUCGUGUUCGUAAAAAUAGAAGAAAGUAUACAAGAGAAUAUUAUGAAGUUUUAGGCAAACAUGGCAAAAUGUACACACUGCAAGCAGAAGAUAAAACGACUAUUGUCAGACCUCGUUUCAAACUUGUCAAAGUUCAAGGUGGUAUACUUUCAAAGACAGUUCCUAACAAAUAUAAGACAACUCCUGACGAAUAUGCUAAAGAAGUUGAAAAUGACGACUAA